AUGAUUUCUGAUCGUUGUGCAGCUUGCAAGUAUUCGAGAAGGAAGUGUCGUUCAGAUUGCAUUUUCUAUCCAUACUUCCCUUCCAAUAAUUCUGAAAGAUAUGCAUGUGUUCAUCAAAUCUAUGGUGCUAACAGUAUUAGGAGUAUACUCCAGCAAUUGCCAAUUCAUCUGCGAGCUGAAGCAGCAGAGUCAUUGUAUUAUGAAGCAAAAUGUAGAUUUGAAGAUCCAGUGUAUGGUUGUGCAGGGAUUAUUUCUCAAUUACAUCAACAAAUACGCAAUGCAGAGAGUCAAAUAGCAAAAGUCAGAGCACAGAUUGCCUUCCUCAAUUCUAAUGCACACGAAAUGGAUUCCAACACCAACAAUCUUAUUCAGGGACACAGCAAUAUUGGGCAGUCUCAAUUUCAAGCUCCCUAA